CACUCUCCAAAGUUUUUUUUCUUUUUUUCCUCUCUAAAUCAACAACUCCCCAUUAAUUCUCCUCAUCUUUCUUACCUGAAAAAAAUAAAUAAAUUCUUUUCACAUCACUGCUCUUUUUUUUAGCUCUAUUUUUCUUCAAGAAAUCUAAAAAAAAGCAAACAAAAAUGAUGGUUGAAAAAGAAGAUUUGGGGUUAAGCCUUAGCCUUAGUUUUCCAGAUAACAAUAAUAAUAACAAGAAGAAGAAUACUCAGCUCAAUCUUUCACCUUUCAAUCUCAUUCAAAAAACUUCUUGGACUGAUUCCUUAUUCCCUUCUUCAGAUCGGAACAUUGAGACAUGUAGAGUGGAGACCAGGACUUUUUUGAAGGGGAUAGAUGUGAAUCGGCUGCCGGCGACGGGAGACGCCGACGAGGAAGCCGGCGUUUCGUCGCCGAACAGUACGAUUUCGAGUGUGAGUGGAAAUAAGAGAAGUGAAAGAGAAGCAAAUAAUUGUGAUCAAGAGGAACAUGAAAUGGAAAGAGGUGGUUCUGAUGAAGAAGAUGGAGAAACUUCUAGAAAGAAAUUAAGGCUAUCAAAAGACCAAUCUGCCAUUCUUGAAGAAAGUUUCAAAGAACACAACACACUCAAUCCAAAACAAAAGCUGGCUUUGGCUAAAAGACUGGGAUUGAGGCCUAGGCAAGUUGAGGUGUGGUUUCAGAAUAGGAGGGCAAGGACAAAGUUGAAGCAAACAGAAGUUGACUGUGAGUUUUUGAAAAGAUGUUGUGAGAAUUUGACAGAGGAAAACAGGAGAUUACAAAAAGAAGUUCAAGAGUUGAGGGCAUUAAAGCUUUCACCUCAAUUCUACAUGCAAAUGACCCCUCCCACCACCCUCACCAUGUGCCCUUCAUGUGAGCGUGUCGCGGGCCCACCGCCAUCCUCAUCUGGGCCCACAUCCACACCAAUGGGCCAGGCCCAACCCAGGCCCAUGCCAUUUAACCUAUGGGCCAAUGCACUACAUCCGAGAUCAUGAUUUUGCAAGAAGGGCGAUUUGGUCAAAUGAAAGUGAC